AUGACGGGCGCGCUCGUCGCGCUCCUCGCCGUCGCGGCGCCAUCCGUGGACGUCGGCCACCUGCUCCAGAGCGCGCCGCCGGAGGAGCUCGGGGGCGCGCUCGCGUCCGCCGCGCCCGUGCUCGUGAGCUCGCUCGUCUUCCAGAACGUCGUGCCCGUCAUCGCCAAGGGCUUCGACGGCGACAGCGCGAAGAUCCGCGAGGCCGUCGUCCUCGGGUCCGCGGCGCCGCUCUUCGCCUACGUGGCCUUCACGGCGUCCGUGCUCGGCCGCGGCGGCGGCGGCGCGGCCGCGGGCGAGCUCAUCGACGCGGCGCGCGGGCUCCCCGAGGACCUGCGGCCCGCGGCGGCGGCGGCCCUCUCCGUCUUCUCCGUGGCCGCCGUGACGACGUCCUUCGUCGGCGCCGCCGUGAGCCAGAGCGAGGAGGUCCGCGGCUACCGCAAGGACGACGACGCGCUCAACGCGGCCUGGACCUUCGCGCCGCCGCUCCUGCUCGCGCUCUCGGGCCGCGACGUCUUCCUGCCGCUGCUCUCGAUGACGGGCGGCAUCGCGAACCCGUUCCUCUUCGGCCUGCUGCCCUGCCUCCUCGCGUGGCGGCACCGCUACGACGGCGACGCGGAGCCGGAGGAGAUCCUCCCGGGCGGCCGCGUCGGCGUCUCCGCGCUCGGCUCCGGCGCGGGCUUCCUCGUCCUCAACGCGGGGCUCGCGGACGCGGCCCACGCGGUCUCCGAGACCGUCGCGCACAUCCACCUCUGA